GUCAAAUAGAAGAAUCGAGAAGGACCCAAAACCUCAGCUGCUCCUCCACCAAAAAGAAAAAAUCUCACCCGCUUAUCAUAGAAGGAACAAUGAAAAACUCUGACCAGAAUGUUCCAGCAACUUCCAGAUCCGACCUUUUUCCUUCUGGAUCCCUGGAAUUAAAUAUCCCAUGUUCUCCUAUAUAUUUCUUUGCCUCCUCAUUGUCUUAUCAACACAUCUCAAAAAGUUUCUCCCAAUUUUACGUUUAAUCACCAGGUGUUAAACAAGCAACAAGAAAAUUCUGUCAAUUCCAUCAAAAGCCGACUAAUGGACUUCCCUUUUGCCCAAAAUCCAUGGGAUUCGUCGUUUCGCCCUCACUAUGGGAGAAGCUUUAGAGGGAUCCCGGUUAAGGUCAUGCCCGAGGCGUCGCAGCCUCAGUCUCUUAAGCCCAAGAUGGUAUCCAUCCCCGUCCACUUCGUUGGUUCGGAGCGGGGCAGGUCCGACUCAGCAAUCAAGAUCCAGAAGGUGUUUCGGGGAUUUCUGGUAAGAAAAAACGUGAAGAAGAUCAUGGCAAUAAGGGAGCAAGUGAAUGACAUCGAGCGUAGUGUUUCCAAGACAGAGACAGCGGAUUUGAUUCGGAAUGAUCCAAAGCAGAGAUUGAAAGUGAACGAGAAUCUAAUGAGCUUGCUUUUCAAAUUGGAUUCUGUUGAAGGAGUGGAUUCGUGUGUUAGGGAUUUCAGGAAAUCCGUUAUUAAAAAGGCGAUUGCGUUACAAGAGAUGGUUGACGCCAUUAUUUCUGGUGACCAGUCCUUGGAUUCCGGCAAUAAUGCGGAAGUAAUUGACCAAAAUCAAGGUAUUAUCCAUUUUUCUGAUAACUGCAAUCAAACUUUAGAGUCAGAAAAUCAUGAGGAAGCAACAGAAGAUGUAGAAUGUGUGCUUAAUUUGAGUGAAGCGGAAGGAACUGUUGCUGUUGCGGUCCAAGGGAAUGAGGAGGAGAGUAGCAAUGAGAGUCAAAGUGAUUCGUUUGCCAAUCACGAGGUAGAAGGCGAAAAUGGAACGUGGCAGCCUGAUAACGGGAAGGAAGGCGUGGAGGAAAGGAGAAAGGAGAUGUUAGAGAGGAUAACGGAGGAGAAUGAGAAGAUGGUGAGGAUGAUGGAGACAUUGUCUGAGAGGAACGAAAUGCAAACUCGGAUGUUGAGUGCGUUGACUCAAAGGGUGGAGCAGCUAGAGAAAGCAUUCUUGUGUGACAACUUGAGGAGAAAGAAAAGGAGAAAUGAUGAGAAAUCACAGGAUAUCAAAAAAUGUGGAGGGAAGAGAUAGAUAACUUUCCUAGGAAUUGGUUCUGUCCUGUAAGCAAUCAUUCAAUAUAAUGCAGGCUUUCAUUCCAUGUCUUCAUCUUAAAAAUGAUAAGAAAAUAUUUUCUUUAAUGGAGUAACAAGAUGCAAAUCGAGUUUUGCUUCUUCACGUUGCAGCAA